AUUUACUGUUAGAGUGUGACUGUCAUCUUACAGCUGUUUAUUAAUAAUAACUAUCCAAGUGACUACUAUGUACUAGGCUCUGCAGUAAGUACGUUACUACAUUCUUACUUGUUUCUCACAGCAUCAGUAUAAGGUAAGUACCCAUUUCACAGGCAAAGAAAUUAAAAGGUCAGCUAGGCUGGGCACGGUGGCUCGCACCUGUAAUCCCAGCAGUUUGAGAGGCUGAGACAGAAAUCACUUGAGGCCAGGAGUUCAAGACCAGCCUGGGCAACAUAGACCCUGUCUCUGAAAAAUAAGAAAAUUAGCUGGGUUGUGGUGGCACGUGCCAAUAGUUGUAGCUGCUUGGGAGGUUGAGGGGAGGAUUGCUUGAGCCCAGGGGUCCAAGAUUACAGUGAGUUAUGAUAGCACCACUGUACUCCAGCCUGGGCGAUAAAGCAAGACCCUGUCGGGGCAGGAAAAAAAGUGUUAUUAAGUGGUGGGAGGUGGAAUUUAAACCCAUUUACGGAGUUUUGCUGGGUCCAAAAAUAACAUGUCACCAUUCUCAAACUUUGCAUUGAGACCCAGAAAGAUACUUGACUAAUCUAUAUUUACUGUAAAAUAUACUAUUUUAAGAAAGUGUGAUAUUCCAGUAUCUACCCAAGAAAUCGAGAUUACUUGCAUUAUCAGAGUGUUGAUAGUAGUACCUGUAGUUCUUUAAAAAUUAUUUUUAACCUGGGAAUAAACUUGGAAGACAUUAAAGAGAGCAAGGUCUUCAAUGUGAUAUGUGCAAUGUAUUUAAAACAUUGUCCCACUUUUUAGUGCUUCUUCAAACCACUUUCUACUUCCGGUUCUAGUCAUCCAGAUUCAAGACCUGGAACUGUCCCCCAAUUAGAAAAAACACUUCCUUCACAAGAAGGAUGGUACCAUCGCAAUCCCAGCCCCAACAACCAGCCCCAGAGCUACACGGUGUAUUUAUUCACAUACACCUUGUUUAUAUGCUUUUAAAAAUCCCUUUUCCUGUUUCUCCAUUGCGAGUUUUUAAGUAGAACUCUAUUUAAAACAAGGUAAAAUGAGGCCUGUAGUUGCGCAGCUACUGAGGAAGCUGAGGCAGGAGCAUUGCUUGAAUCCAAGAGCUUGAGACCAGCCUGAGCAACAUGGCGAGAUCCUGUCUCAAUAAAAUGUGAACCACCACAAACAUUUAUAAGGGGUUUCCUGCCAUUUGAAUGAGUCCCUGUGUUUUCCCUCACCGUUAGGCAGUAUGUCUUCCCACUCUGCCUCUCUCUCCCUUCAAGAGGCAGGGAUGUGGGCAGGAGCAACAAGUCAGGUGCAGUUUGGUGGCACAUGGGGCGGAUGGCUUUUCUCCUCCCCACUGGUGCAAUGAAGUCCUCAUACCCCCUACUCCUGAGUCACAUGUGGGAAAGGCUGAAUGGUUUGCAGCAGGGCACCUCUUCGCUCUCCUCACCCAUCUAGCCAGAUGCCAUUGUAACUCACCUUCACAGACGUCCCCUUUAUUUCCAUGACAACUGCCAAACCUCUAAUUGAGGCUGACUUGACUUCACCCAAAGCAGAUUCUACAAAUGACUGCUAUAUAAUGCUGGUUCAGCUUUUAUGCCUCAAUUCUUAACUGAUUUCAAAGAAGGGAAAUAGUGUUUUGGUUUAACACCUGGCUCACUUUCUUCUGCGCAAGCCUUUGUUCUGCAUGGCCCCAGUGGCCAUGUGGACAACCCAGCUACACCUAGGUUUCCAGUUUCUUCUUUACCUCCAGCAACUUAACCAUUCCUUAUCGUGGCCACACCAUAUACCCUAUCAUGAUGUGGAAUUGCUCUACAUCUGAAAUAGUAAAUUCAGACAUCCCACUCUCUGGCCACAACCUUUGUGUUUCUUCCAGCUCUCACUCACAUUCCAGUUACACUCGUUAUUGAACCUGAAGACUGCAGCCCCUUGUCCUCUCUGUUCUUUUCUUCUUUACUUCCUUCUCUACUCUACUUUUGGUCUCCCUCAACCCCUCUCCUCCUUUGGUCUUUAAUCACUUUAACCAUUUCAUCAAUAACCCUCAACCCACUUAUAUAUACCUGAAUCAAUCCAGUUGUCUGCCUUAUCUUCAACAUCCUGACCGCUUUGGUAGUAGCACUGGGGCCAAAAAAAAUUUUAAUUAAAAAAAAAAAACUUCUUAGCAGGCAUUUAAAGUAACAUAACUAUAGGCCAGGCGCUAGCUCACGCCUGUAAUCCUAGCACUUUGGGAGGCCAAAGUGGGUGGAUUGCCUGAGCUCAGGAGUUCGAGACCAGCCUGGGCGAAAUGGCAAAACCCCCGUCUCUACUAAAAAUACAAAAAAUGGGUGUGGUGGCACGCACCUGUAGUCCCAGCUACUCUGGAGGCUGAGGCAGGGAGAAUUGCUUGAACCCAGGAGGCGGAGGUUGCAGUGAGCCGAGAUUCCGCCACUGCACUCCAGCCUGGGCAACAGGUUCUUCCCAUCCCCCUAACUCUGUCUCAAAAAUAAAUAAAAAUAAAAUAAUGUAACUAUAAAUUGGGAUCAUGAUGAUUUCAUGGUCUCCCUUAACUGUCUACCGCUGGGUGAGUUGCAAUAGCCAGCCCUUUGCCAUUCUCAAGAGUCCCAAUACACCCUCAACACCUCCCCCACCCUUAGUUAUGAAAGAAAUUCCACCUCCCAUUACCAAACCUACAAACACAGCUACAUGUCCACCUAAGCUUUCCCUUAGGAAGGAAGGAGUGUCUAAGGCCUCCUGUAGUGAAGUCAGUCUCUACUUGAGCUCAGAUCCUACCUCUUCAGGAACCACCCUCUGCUAUAACCUCUCCUGGCUCUUUCCUACCAAUCUUCAAAUAUGAUAAAAAUAAGUCUCUGAAUGUCAUGUGCCCCUCCAGAUACAAAUUGCUCCUUCGCAGUGAAGUCACUGGAUUAUUCUCUACAAUUAUCUCCAUUUCCUUCUCUCCACUGAAACUGCCCUAGCCCGGGUCACCGACACUGCCCUGAUUUCUAAAUCUUGUGGCCAAUUCUCAGUCGUUACACGUGACAUGUUCUCUCUGGAGCGUUCAUCACUGUUGAUAUUCCCUCUUGAAGCGCCCUUCCUUAGCUGCCGUUACACCGUACUCCUACCUGUUCAGUGUCCUUUGGUGACUUCUCUACCUGCCCUUGCUGUUCUAACCUGGGCCCUCGUGCUCUUUACACACUCUCUCAUCCAUUUCCAUAGCUUCAAUUGCCAUCUGCUUUCAGAAGAUUCCAGAAUCUCUAUCGCCAGCCUUGAUUUCGCAAACUCCAGUCACAUAUAUUCAGUUACCCCUUUAAUAUUUGUACUUGGAUGUCCUGUGGGCAUCUCAAACUCAUUAUGUCCAAAGCUGGACUCCUCACCUCGGCCUCCCAAACCUGUUCCUUGGGCCCCAAACCUGGGCAUUUCCUCGACUCUUCCCCCUUAUUCGCACAUGCAGUCAUUCCCAAGUUCUGAUCAUUUCAGUUCCUGAAGAUCCUUGGAAUGAUCAGCGCUCCACCCUCCCUGCGGUUACUCUAGUUCAGGCCACCCUCUCCCAUUUAGGGGGCGGAUCUCCCUAUCUCUGGCUUUUCCUCUGUCGGCCACAGUGCAGCCGGUGUCUUUCUAAAACCCAACAAAUUGGACUGCUAAUCCCUUGCUUGAAAGCCUUCAUUGACUCCAUGAUCUUGCCGCUGCUGAUUUGUUUCAUGUCUCGCCAUACCACAUGUCGCAGUGUAUUUCCUCUUCUUUUACAUUGUGGGAUCCGCUGCGCCUGGCACAAGGUAGGUGCGCCAUCGAUACGUGCAAGAUUCACAAGGGCCAAGCCGGCACGAGGCUCUCUAUUGACUUGACGGCCACAGGCAGCAGCGUGGGAUUCUGCAUCUGCUGCUUGGCUGCGGGAGCGAGAAGACACUUGGCCCUGUGCACUCCUUGCUGCGCUCUCCAAUUCUGAGAAGCGACAAUACCUUUCUUUCCCCGAUUAGGAAAGAACACCAGAGGUGACACACUUUCCUAUCAGCUGAGGGGGGUGGGCCAUGACACGGUAAGGCCCCAGAUCCGCAGCUCCACUUCCUGGGGCCAGUUCCAGAACAAAAGAGGCUCGCGCAUGUUCUGCGGCCACGAGACUCGCUCCCGCCGGCCUUAAGGUGUCGCCCUCGGGCCAGAGCGGAUGCGCUGGGCCCUGAGGCCGCUCCUGCCCGCUACCUGCGCAAGCGCAGAGGGCUCUUCCGGCGCCUUCCCAAGCGGGGAUGCUGCGGCUCCGCAGCGGGCUGAGGCAUCUCCGGGCAACACCCAAUAGUCGGGGCUCCACUCGGCUUCCUCUUCGCGCCGAGAUGCCUAAGAAGGCUGGUGCGACGACCAAGGGUAAAAGCCAGAGCAAGGAACCAGAGAGACCACUUCCUCCCUUAGGUCCUGUGGCAGUUGAUCCUAAAGGUUGUGUCACCGUAGCCAUCCAUGCAAAACCUGGCUCCAAACAAAAUGCUGUAACAGAUUUGACAGCAGAGGCUGUAAAUGUAGCUAUCGCAGCACCUCCAUCAGAGGGAGAGGCUAAUGCUGAGCUCUGUCGGUAUCUUUCCAAGGUCCUAGAACUCAGGAAGAGUGAUGUGAUUUUGGAUAAGUACUGAUAAUUGAAUUCCUCAGAAGCAAGAUGUUUCUCUGGCACCCGGAGGCCUCUGCAGUGUCACGACAGCUGAAGUGUCACUUCUUCCUCAUCCUGGGCACACCAUGAUGUGGUGCAGCCCCACUGACUGGGACCCAUGCAGCCAGCCUGGCCCAGGGCCACUCUCUCCCAGAAUGUCCACGAGUCAAGGGAUCUCUACUUCCAUCCUUAUUUUCCUCAAAAGCUGGUCCCAGCAGUAAUCGACCAGACUUCUAGAAAAGAGGAGAUAUCUGCUCUCAAGGCUGUUGUGGGCUCCAGUGUUGCAAUCUACUACUUGAAUCUAGUUGUUUAUUUCAUUCUAUAAUAAUUUAAUAUAGCAGAUGUCAGGAGAAAUCUUUGUUUAGAUAUUAUGUCAUAUCUGGAUAUAUCUGAAUCCUAAAUAAUUAAUGUAAACAUUAACAAUAUUCACUUCUGCCAAUGUCAAGAGUAUUUUCUGCUAUUUGGCUUAAAUCAAUUUUAAAAUUUGAGAGUUUUAAAAGCAUAUCUUUCUGUGUUCACAAAUAAACAGAACAAAGAUUCUUUGAGUACCUUAUAUAAUUUUUCACACAGAAUUAACCAAAGCCUUAUUUAAUAUUUCAAAAUCCUCACUUAUAUAUAUUAAAUAUGUGUCUUUGGUUAAAAUGCAAGAUACUGAAAGAAAAAUUCAAAUAGGCAUUUCAGUGAAUAGUUUACAUAUAAUAUCUCAUUUGUCUGACAUUACAAAGUAAGUACUUUCACAACUAACAUUUCCAGCUAACUAAAGUCCAAUAAUAAUAGAGGCCACCUUAAACUGGGAGUAUUUAUUUCCUAUAUUGCCUAAUUAAAAAAAAAUCCUUUCAUUAUAGAUAAUUGUGCUAAUUAGAAGAAGUCAACAGUCUACACAGCCAGAUCUGUGUUUGGAUUGGAUGAAUCAAAUGAAAUAGGAAGUCUAGGAAAAUUUUUAAGGUAUAAAAAAAAGUGUAUUUAGGUUUGGCUUGAACUUGUUUAAAAUAAAUAAAAUUUUUAAAAAACA